AUUUUUCUUUUAUUUUCUUUCUUGAGAAGAUGAAACUGGUCACUUUCCCAAUGGCCGUCUCUCUCUCUGUUUGUCGUUUCUCUUUCUGAUACAAAACCUAUAUUCUUUUAAGUUUUUACUGAAAUGCCCACUUAGACUUUGAUGGUACAAAUUAUUAUUAUUCUCUCACACUACUCGAAAAUAUCCCAUUUAUAUAAAUAUAUAUAUGAAUAUAUAGUCUUAUCUUCUGUAAAUACAAACCAGUCUGUUGUCGUUUAUGGUAUAUGUGUCUCUUUGCAUGGUAUAUGCUGUAGAAUUAUAGCCCACUUGUUUAGUUACUCUCUUUCUCUUCUUUUAUUUUUUGUCUCUUCGUCCAAGUGUACGUUUCAUCUUUAUUUUCAUGUGAUUUUAUGGAAACAUAUUAUAUAUAAUAACAAGUUAAGUCUGUGAAAGUAUCUUCCCUUUCUCUACUUUUUCUGCAUGUACGGUUUCUCUCAACCAUGGAGUUUUGGAAUAUAACAUUUGGCUCUAGUUUCUCCUGUAAAAACCUUAUGUUUUCCCUUCUAGGUAUAAAGAUUUAGUAGAAAUUUAUUAUAUAGAGAGGUGGACCACUAAAUGCAAAGGUGAAAGACAUGGUUAAAAGAUGACAAUUUUGUAACUUUGUUGUUCCUUACUGGAAUAGUAAGAGUAGUUGGAGCUAGCUAGCCUUGAAGCCUUGGCUUUAGGCUUUAGCCCAUACUCUAUUCUUUUUUUACCCAUUUCAAGAUGAAAGUCAACAGAAGAAAGUGAACUGUUCAUUUACUUCUUGUGACAAAAUAGCUUGAGUUCUUUCUUGUGAUUCUAGUUAUUAUUUGUUUAGCUGGAGAAGAGGGAACAGAAAAAAGAAACAACUUUUGAAGUUUUAAAGGAAGAAGAAGAAGAAGAUGAUGGAAGCAUUAAACCAGAAGUCUCUUGAGAGAGUUGUGUCACAGAAGGCUUUGCAGAUGGGAAAUUCAUUUCCAUGUCAAAUUUGUGUGGUGGGUUUUCUCAGUGGAGUCUGUCUCACCUCUGUGUUUCUUGCUGCUCUUACAUCUCUUGGUACUUUUGAGCUUGGUGGGUUUUCAUUUUCUGCCAUUUCACUGGGGUCUUCAAGCUCAGAUAUGAUCAACUGUAAUUUUGUACCGAAAGCAACAGAGAAAAUAACUGAUUCAAGGAUAAGUGAAGAAAAAAUCAAUGAUGAGAGGGUGUCACAACUCUAUUCAGCUUGGAGUUCUUUACUUACUGGCUUGUCAUUCGAAAAAAAUGAGCUUCUCCUCAAACUUGGACUGAAUGAAUCUGAUGUCCCAAAUGCUCCUCACUUGGAGAAUUGCAAAUUGAAAGCACAGGAAAACGAGCAGCUUGAUAAGCGCGAUGGGAAUGAGAAUUUCCCUCCUUGGACAAGUUGGAAGGGGCGGUUGAAUUCGUUUCCCUCGGCUGCAACCAAUGAUCAGUUUAAGAAUUUUCAGCAUCUGGCUGCAUAUGAGGGUUCUCAUCCUCCUUGGAUAACCGGAUCUGAUGAAGAGAAUUACCCUUUGACUAGAAAAGUGCAAAGAGACCUAUGGCUUCAUCAGCAUCCUUUAAACUGCAGAGACCCUAGUGUGAGAUUUCUUGUAGCUGAUUGGGAAAGAGAACCCGGGUUCGGUAUUGGAGCUCAGCUUGCUGGAAUGGCUGGUGUUCUUGCCCUUGCAAUCAAUGAAAAACGAGUUCUUGUGACCAAGUUCUAUAACCGAGCUGACCAUGAUGGUUGCAAAGGUUCCUCACGCUCCAGCUGGUCUUGCUACUUCUUCCCAGAAACAUCCCAAGAAUGCCGAGACCACGCGCUUGAGCUUCUAGAGAGUAAACAAGCAUGGCAGGAAGGAAUUGUAAGAGUAAAACAAAAUUAUAGCUCUAAGCAUAUAUGGGCUGGACAUACUCCGAGGAUAUGGGGUGAUCCUUGGAGUAAUCUGCAGCCAACUACAGAAAUAAAUGGCAGUUUAAUUGCUUAUCAUCACAAAAUGGAUCGAAGAUGGUGGAGAGCACAGGCAGUACGCUAUCUAAUGAGAUUUCAAAGCGAGUACACAUGUGGCUUACUCAACGAUGCUCGCCAUGCAGCAUUCGGAAAGGAAGCUGCUACUAUGGUUCUUAAAAGUUUUGCUGGAGAGUGGCCUAAGGAUGUUAGGAAAUACAAAAGAUCUGAUAUUGAGGAGUUUGUAUGGUCAAACCAUAAGCCUUGGAUACCUCGGCCAUUGCUGAGCAUGCAUGUGAGAAUGGGAGACAAAGCAUGCGAAAUGAAGGUUGUUGAAUUCGAAGAAUACAUGAGUCUAGCCGACCGCAUCAGAAGGCGCUUCCCACACCUCAACAGUGUCUGGAUCUCCACCGAAAUGCAGGAAGUUAUUGACAAGUCCAAAGGAUACUCUCACUGGAACUUCUACUACACCAAUGUGAGAAGACAAGUUGGGAACAUGUCCAUGGCCGCUUAUGAAGCGAGUCUCGGUAGGGAAACUAGCACAAAUUACCCCGUUGUCAACUUCUUGAUGGCGAUCGAAGCUGACUUUUUCAUUGGGGCGCUUGGUUCCACUUGGUGCUUUCUCAUAGAUGGAAUGAGGAACACUGGGGGAAAAGUCAUGGCUGGAUACUUGAGUGUCAACAAGGAUAGGUUUUGGUAAAGAUUGAAAUGAGAAGAAUAGGUAGGUAUGUAAAUUUGAGUAGUAAUUCUACCAUAACCAUUUGCCCAUCAGCUUUAGUCCAAUCCAAUCACAUUCUGUUAUAGAGUAAUACAAUAUCAAAAAUAUGGUGCUCAACAUCUCUAUUCUGAGGGCCAACUGAUUUGUUGUCCAUGUUGAGUUGCUGAAAGGGUGAAGUGUUUGUACAUAUCAUUAAUGUAUAAAUAAUCAUAAUUGGAAGUGAUGAUAAAUAUGAAAAAUCUCUUAUCUUAUUCCUACUUA